UGAUUGGUUGAAAUGAUGAACGCCUGGGUACCAGCCUGUAUUUUAAACUAUUUGUCGUAGGAAUGAACCAGCAUGGAAGAUAAUCAUUACAUGAACGAUAAUACACCUACUGACCCCUCUAUGUAACAUUCGGGUUGAGUUUAAGUUUUGUUGGAUUUUACAAUACCGCUAUGACGUAACACACGAAUAAACGCGAGUGACACCGGAUGUGAGGUAUAAGAACCGCUGCACGUGGGAGGGAUUUUUAAUUGAUCUAUUAUGUCGUAACAAUAGGAAUAUAGCAAGGAAAGACCGCAUAGAUUGCUCAUAAUAAGAUAACAGAUUAUGGUAAGCAGGUCGCAUACGACUACGUUGGUUUGGCGGUUCAACUAUUUUAAUAUGAAAUUUGAAUACGCAAAGUUGUGUAAACGUGGAUAUUCAUAUCAGCAUGAGGUGGUAUCUUGUGUUUAUAAACUAAAGUGAAGCUAUAAGCGUUCAGUGAAAGGAUAGAUUCAAGUAGAAUCUAAACCGAGGUAAAGUUCGAUUUAUUCGCGUGUCGAGAUUGUUUCACCCGCGUUUUCUUAUUGACGUGUUCAGGUUUCGAGUCAUUUCUGUGUUUAUUAGGUAAUAUGUUUUCUAUAUAAAAUAACCCGUUUACUUUUAGGACUACAGUUGGACUUUUUAGUGGAUCGCCAAAAAUAUAUAGUUUGCUAAUAUGUCUUAUCAAAACAAGACCUACAUUGAAAGUGAGGGGACAUAUCACUACGUCACAGCAGCAGGCGCCAACUACUCUAAAGCAAAAUCGAUAUGUAAGAAUAACUUUCAAUCCAAACUUGCUGUGCUUAAUACUCAACAACUGUUUGAUAAAGCGAAGUCUUUAAUUGACACUGGAACAUUUUUCAUUGGGUUGCAUAAACCGAAUAACAGUGUACCAUAUCAGUGGCUGGAUGGAAGCGCUUUCAAUCGAUCUUUGAUAAACGGGCCAAAUAUAACGAACGGAAACGCCCCUGGCUGUCGAGGAGUGGUGAUAAAGGUUCCAGGUCAAAGUAAUCCCGUGAAUUUAAUUGCAUACGAUUGUGCUUCCGGUCAGAAUGUUCUCUGUUUCACUCCCGCCCCAAUAACAACAACACAAGAAGCCACAACUAAAUGGAAGGCAAUAACGACAACAAAAGAAGCAACAACGACAACAACACAAAAAGUAACCGCAACAACCAAACAAGAAGCAACGACAGCAACAGAAGGAGCAACAACGAAUCAAGCAUUCCUUUCUACAACCAGCUACGACACAACGACAACUACACUGUCCCCUACAACCAACGCAGUGCUUACCAAGGUACAACCGACCACUCAACUCUACAAUUCAACGCAGAUGACAACCACGGGGUUAACAAACACACAAAGCGCCAACGCUGGCGGUCUGCAACUUGGUAUCGUUGUGGGGAUUCCUCUAGGUGUGGUGUUCCUUCUAAUUUUGCUUAUAGCUCUCAUAGUUUGGUUGAAACGUCGCGGUGGCGAUAAAAGCAACGAAGCGGACGCGGAAAACGAUAAUGAUGAACGCGAAGUUCGUUUAAACGUCAUAUACGAUACCGGGGACAACUACGGCGCCGCUGGGACCACUCAUGGCGACCACGGGACCACUCAUGGCGACCACGGGACCACUCAUGGCGACCACGGGACCAGCGAAUUAUAUUCAAAGAUAGACAAGCGGAGUCCAACACAAGAAACGGCUUAUGAUGUCAUAGAGGGCAACAAUACAGCGCGAAUAAUGGAACCAGAUGGAGUUUAUUCCGGACUAAACAACACGUAGAAACAACGAAUUUGAAGAUACCAUCUAUUACUUAUAAACAUAUUUCAUUGCUCUUUUACCAACUAUACACUCUGUAACUUCGGCCUCAAAUUUCCCAAAUAAGUUUGAAACAAGAGGGUUACGAGUUGAAAUCCACUAUCAUGCGUUAACAUUUUUGUACUUUGACAGUUCACCCUUAUUAAUCG